AUGGAAUAUCAUGCAGCUCCCGGCGAGGACCGUGUGUCGUUGCCUAAUGUCAAACAUCUCCCCACGGUAUCUACUACUGAACUUGAAUCGCCGUCCUCGCCUCAUACUACGAAUUCCAUCCCCGCCUUGACCUACGUAUAUGACCCAUUGCCAGAACAAGGCUGGAUUCGUCUUCUCGUUUUACAUCCGGGCACUGGCCCGCUAUCAUGCCGUCUGGAAAAGUGCAAACUCGAACAGGUGGCAUCAACAUUCGAGGCCCUUUCGUAUGUGUGGGGGCUGCAACAUGAUGGCAUAAACAUCGAAUGCGAGGGGCGCCAGCUAUCGAUCGGACCCAACCUUGCAGCUGCUCUACACCGUCUGCGCGAUAGCACGGAGCCGAGAUUGCUCUGGGUCGAUGCUGCGUGUAUCAACCAACGUGACAAAGAUGAGAAAUCUCAUCAAGUCCGUCAGAUGGGCAACUUGUACGAAAGCGCCAAAAGAGUGCUGAUCUGGGUAGGAGAGGAUACAAGAAAUGAAGCAGGCGAAUGUUUCGCCGUUGUGCAGGACACAGUGAAAAUCCUUGCAGACAUUGCAUCCAAACAUGGUGGCAUUGAGAAAAUCCCUACUGUCACUCAGAACUCGGGAAUCAUCGACCCAAGGCCGGAAAUAUGGGCCGCGGUCCACCGUCUCGUCUAUUUGGAGUGGUUUGAGCGUGUUUGGGUACUUCAGGAGGUGGGGCUUGCCGGAUCUGCGUUAUUGAUUUAUGGCGAGGCUUCUAUGAACUGGAGUUAUCUUGUAGAGUUGAUGUUGAUGAUGGCUUUGCGUGCUGACAUUGGAAGACUUGUUGGCAAUGUGAGGCAUGGCUUGUUCUGGGACGUGUUCGACGACAUAUGGCGGACAUACGAGAAUCCCGUCUCAUGGAGGAAUGAGCUUCCCUUGACCAGAUCCAUGAAUCAAUCAGCUACAUUGCGAAGAUUCAUUGACAUUCUGAAUGACGGGCGGCAAUACAAGGCUACCAAUCCACGAGACCGUGUCUAUGCAUUUCUCGCUCAUCCUAGCGUCAGCGGUCACGAUCAAAAGGGGGCACUGUCAGCCGACUACAAUAAAUCAGUGGACGAAGUAUACCACGACGCUGCAAGACACAUCUUGCUCAACGAUCCUUGCCCCUGGACUCUGCUCUCAUGUGUCGAUCACAUCAUUGAUUCACCGUCACUCAAGGGUGAACGGCCUUCUUGGAUCCCUCGCUGGGAUGAAAAUUGGCGCGUAUACUGGUUCGGAUAUCCCACCAUGUACUACAGAGCAGGUGGUGAUUCAUCGAAGGAAUUCAAAGCAACAGCUUCACCAUCUCUGGGAAUUCUGGAGCUGUCGGGAUUGCUUCUCGAUGACAUUGUUUGGUGCUCGGACAUCCUUCAGAGCGAAGACCUGUUACCUCCGGGACAAAUCAAGAACAGGCCUUUUCAGCUGAUAUGGGGAGAGCUCGAGAAAUUGAGACACGAGGACAGGACUUCGCCAUACGGUAAAACCAGCGAAGAGCGCGAACUUGCUUACAGCCUCACUGUCGUCGCAGGCCGUAACACAGACGAUGACGACGCCGAGUUAGACUUGGCUCUUCACCAAUCCAUCUAUCAACGUUAUAAGGAAGCGAUCUUGUCGGGAGAUGCUCAGGAUACAGUAGAUUCAGAAACCAGCAACGAGAUGAACAGAGAUGUCGUCACGUACAUUACCAAUCAGCGACGAGCUCUUCAUAACAGGCGAUUUUACUUGACCUCGAAAGGAUAUUACGGGAUUUGUCAUAUGGCGGUCGAGGCGGGUGAUGUGUGUUGCGUUUUUGAGGGUGCUAAUGUGCCAUUUGUCUUAAGGAGAGUGGUACAUGUCGACAGCAACGAGGUGAAGACUGAAGGACAAUCCUCGUCGGUCUCGAAUCGGUACAUGCUGAUUGGAGAAUCGUAUAUCCACGGGAUCAUGCAUGGUGAGGCCUCAGGAAUGGCCGAAAAUGGAGACCUCUAUUUUCAAGAGGUUGUCCUGGUAUGA